ACCAGAAAACAAAUUUGUUACGGUGGUGGUUGGCGUUACAUGAUUUGAUUUAAACAUUUCAAUUGCCAAUAAUUAAAUAACCAUUAUUCACUGGGUGAGAACCAAAUGGCUGAAGUAACGGACAAAGAGGUAUGUAGUCUAUGUUUAAAUGAUUUUCAACAACCUAUAAUAAUUGACUGUGGGCACUCAUUUUGUCUCACAUGUCUAGAAGAUUACAUUCAGAAGACAUCCAAAGAUGAUAUAUUCCCCUGUCCAUUGUGCCGUCAGGAUACUAAAGUGAUGGAAUUUUUGUUCAAACAACAAACUGCGGAUCAUUCUACAUCAAACAUUCCACAAUGUGAUAUUUGUCCCAGUACUCCAUCAAUAUUUCGAUGUCGCGAUUGUCGACAAUAUUUAUGUAACUCGUGUAAAUCAAUGCAUGACAAGUUAAGUGUCAGUAAAGAUCAUACUGUAAUUACAUUGGAUGAAAUUGGAUCAGAUCUAAAGGAAGAUAACCCUGACGAAGACAAAGAGGCGCCUGUACAUUCUAAAGAUUUCUGCCCAAACCAUACAGAAAAGAAAGUAGAUAUUUAUUGUAAGAAGUGUUUGAAAGCAACCUGCCUGAAAUGUUUCGUCAAUAAUCACAAUGGACAUAAAUAUUUAGACCUACAAGAGGACGGCGUCCAGCAAAACAUCAGGGACGAAUUGAAAACAAUAAAAGAAGAAAUAGAAACACAUAUAAACAAACUUGAAAACUAUUCUACGUCUUUGGGAAGUAAAUUACUAGAAGUAAAAGAAGCAGCCAUUCAAGCGCGUUUAAAUGUCGAUGUUCACGUUACUAACCUUACUGAUAAAAUUCGCCAAUUUGGUGAAAACAACAAGGACGAAAUACAGAAAAUCUGCGACCAACAAACGGAUACAAUUACACAACUAAUGAAAAGUAUGAAAUCUCUAACUGAAAAUCUGAGGACCGGUGUUAAAUGUUCUGAUGAUAUUUUGAAAGACUCGUCCAUUGUUCAAGUCUUAGAUACGUUACCAAAAGUUCGACUGGAAUGUGGACAAUGUCAAAAACGAACAUUGAAUACGUCUGUUCAGUUUCCAUCAUUUGAGGAAACUGAGAUCGAAGAAAUAAUUCUUAAGGAACAUCUUGGUGAUGUUAAUAUACAUCAUGAAAUUAACUUCGCAGAAACAUUUAACUUAAAUCAAAUAAAACUGAACAAGAUGUCCUACAGUUGUGUUACAACAUUUCAAGAUUUACAAUGGUGUGUUGGGGUAAGGAAAACUUCUGCUGAUAAUCCAGGUAUAAGUGAAACAUUGGGGGUUUAUCUAAAGGUUUGCGACGAUGGAUAUAGGGAUAAAUCUUUUAAAUCAUGUACAGCUAAAUACGUUAUGGAAGUGAUCAACUUCAUAGAUAAUUAUAGAUCAGAAACCGGACAACUAGUUUAUACUUUCACUGAACUGAAUCGAGGAUAUGGUUGGCCAUCUUUCAUUACAUGGGACACAUUUAUUAAUCAACAGAAUGGAUUCAUUGACAAAAACAACAACUUUGAGGUGAAAGUCACCUUAAAAAUAUUCGAGAUGGAAAGAAAACUGUCACGUAAACAAUAUAAACAAUAACUUUACAAUAAAUCAAGCCAAAUAAAACCAUUUCUAAUGAUUGAUUAUCGUAUCGGUAAUUCAAAUUGGGGUGUAUACAAGUUUAAGAGAAACAGUGUGUGACUUGUUAAGAAAAGCAACUAAGAGAAACAGCUAAGAGAUGUGUGUGUGUGUGGGGGGGGGGGGGGUCUAGGGUGUCGUGCUUCGAGCCCUAGCUAGCCAGUCAUCUCUGUUUGGUUUCGUUCCCUGGUGUGUGUGGCUUGGAGAUGGGGCGCCUACUCAUCCUCGUGAGUUUACUACUUGUACACUGGUCCACCACCCACACACGCAGGAAAGACCCAUGCGCGUGUGCGAAGAUAAUAGAAAUAAGACAACUGCAAUAUCACCCUCGGUGGAAGUGGACCUUAAACACCGCAAACAAAAACUUGGCAAAUUACAAUUAUUUUUGGUAGUUUUUAGAUAGUAAAUAUUUAACAGGUUUCUGACACGAAACUCUUCACUGAGGUUUUAUCACUAGUAUACUAUAAUUAUAAUUAUGCCAAAUAUUGAACCUGGUAGUAACAUUAUAUCAGGAAGUCAUUAUAUCAACAAUAAAAGAUAUAGUUAAAUAAAUUAAUUGUCACUUUUUUGUUGUA